UCUGUUUCCGUUCUUUUUGAUCGUGAAGUGUAAUCAUGGCGGUCGGCAAAAAUAAAGGCACCUCUAAAGGAGGCAAAAAAGGCUCGAAAAAGAAGGUUGUGGAUCCGUUUACUCGCAAGGAUUGGUACGAUGUAAAAGCCCCGAACAUGUUUUCGAUACGCCAAGUUGGCAAAACCUUGGUUAAUCGUACUCAGGGCACUCGGAUUGCUUCGGACGGCUUGAAGGGCCGCGUGUUUGAGGUUUCGUUAGCUGAUCUGCAAAACGAUAGCGACGCCGAGAGAUCGUUCCGUAAGUUUAAGCUUAUUGCUGAGGAUGUUCACGGUAGAAAUGUACUGUGUAAUUUCCACGGAAUGGAUUUGACUACGGACAAAUUAAGGUCCAUGGUCAAGAAAUGGCAAACCUUGAUUGAAUGUUCCGUUGAUUGCAAGACUACUGAUGGUUAUUUGCUGCGUGUUUUCUGCAUUGGAUUCACUAUCAAGGAUUCGGCAUCGCAGCGCAAGACUUGCUACGCGCAACAUUCGCAAAUCAAGGAAAUCCGGAAAAAGAUGACAACCAUUAUCACCCGUGAUGUGACCAGUUCCGAUCUUAAAGAGGUUGUUAUCAAACUGUUGCCGGAUUCUAUUGCUAAGGAUAUUGAGAAGGCGUGUCAGGGAGUAUAUCCACUGCACGAUGUAUACAUUCGAAAGGUCAAGGUCCUGAAGAAGCCUCGUUUUGACCUCGCAAAUCUGCUUGAACUGCACGGUGAUGGAGGUGGCAAAGGUGCCGAAGUUUCCACCGGAACUGCUGAAGGCGGCGUAACCAUCGAUCGCCCGGAAGGCUACGAACCGCCAGUACAGGAAUCGGUUUAAAUAGCAUUAAAGACGGUAUAAUGCAAAAAUCAUUUCCGAUAAGUAAUUAAAAGAAUGCGGUAGAAUUGGGGAAAAGCGCGAAAAUACAACUAACAUCUGUUGUAUAUUAAAAUAA